AUGAGCGCCGAUUGCACGAGUUACAUGAACGCCGAGCAGGUGCUGGUGAGCGCUUUCAGCUGCCCUCGGGACGACGGCGAGGCCGGCGCCGUCUAUUGCUGCGGCUUCCAGGACGUCAAAUACUGUUGCGAUGACCCGAACAGCUUCUUCCCCUACGAGCACAGCUACAUGUGGUGGCUCAGCAUUGGAGCGCUUGUUGGCUUGUCAGUCGCAGCAGUGGUCCUGCUGGCUUUUAUCAUCACUGUGUGUGUUCUCUGUUACUUGUUUCUCAGCACGAAGCCCCACAGCCAACUGGAUACAGGGUUAAGUUUACAGACAGCAGUAUUGUUUUCAAAGCAUCAGCUUGUGCAGAAUGAGCCAUACAGAGUAGUCAGUCUGGAAACCAACUGUGAACAGCUUGAAGUGCACAUAGAAAAAAUGAUGGUAGCCCUGUUAAUAGAGACAGCAGAAAUGUCACUCUCUGCUGAAACCAGCUGA